CUUUGUCACAGGUAACAUUUUAUCAUCCACACCGGAAGUUAUAAUUAACCUGAGCUGUUCUAUUUAUUUUACAUUAUUAGUUUCAAAUAUAAAUGGAGAUACCAAAGCCACCAGAUGAUGCUGAGUUGAUAAACAUUAUUGACAAGUUGGCCAAUUUUGUGGCACGCAAUGGCCCCGAGUUUGAACAGAUGACCAAAACUAAACAGAAGGAUAAUCCAAAGUUUUCAUUCCUGUUUGGCGGAGAAUAUUACAACUAUUACCAGUAUAAAGUUACCUCAGAACAAACUAGAAUCAACCAGCAGAAUCAGAAGUUAGCUCAGCAGCAGGCCAUUGUACAGCAAGUGAUUACUCAGCAGGCUAUUCAGACAGCGCCAUGGCAGCAGGGCAAAAUCAUGGAACACCAGAACAUUGCACUUCAGCAGCAACAGCAACAGCAGCAACAGCAGCAGCAGCAACAACAGCAGCAGCAGCAACAACAACAGCAGCAACAGCAGAAUUGUGCGCUACAACAGCAAAUAACGGCCCUGCAGCAACAGAUAGCUCAACAGCAGGCCUCUGUAGCUGAGCAGAUUAAACAGAGCGAUUCCAACCUGGCUGCUCAGUUCCAGAGUCUGACUCAACAACAGCAGGUUAAGAUAGAAGAUGCGAUUUUGAAAGAGAGAGAUAAUAAGCUCAUGUCUCUGUGUAGAGAUUGUGAAAUAACAAUGGAUGAACUGGAUAAAAUGGCGCAACCCAUAAUCGACUCAUGCACAAAAGACUCCAUUAUGCACGGCAAGAACUGGAUUUUGGCUCACUGUGUGUCCUCUGAUCACUGUAAUCUGAUCACCCAGUAUCUGCUGAAACGAAUUUGUAGCAAAGACGCUCCCUUUCAGACAAGAUUACAUUUAAUUUAUCUUACAAAUGAUCUGUUACAUCACUGUCAGCGUAAAAGUAUAGAUGAUUUGAAGACAGCUUUAGACAAGAUGGUUGUACCAGCCUUCUGUAAGUCGAGUUUAGGCGUAGAUGAUGAAUCCAGGCAGAAACUAAAUAAGCUUUUGACUUUGUGGGAGAAGAAUAAGUAUUUUGACCUUGAAACUAUAGCACAACUGAAGGAUGCCAGUACUUCCAUGUCAACUUAUCAGGCUAGUCUUAUCACUGAGUAUGGGUCAGUGGUGACAAACAUCACUAAACAGGUACAGAACCAGUACGGCAGUCUGGAGAAGCAGCACCAGGACUUCUGCGCCCACCUCAACAACCCAAUCGCUCAGAUGCAGUCUCAGCUGCAGAUUCUCAUUGCCAAGCAGACAGCAAAACAGCCAGCUAUUAGUAGCACCAUUGUUCCCGGCGCAGUUCCACCUAGUGUGACGCCGAUACCCAUUCAUACCAUUCCAGUGUCGGCACAGCAGUCUUCUGUUCUUAGUGAUGCUGCUGGUGCCAGUGGUGAACCUGCAGACAUGGCUGUUACCACAGGGCCGUCAGCAGCCACACAGUCGGAAAGUAAUCGGCCAGGUUUAGACUCCUCACCAGGAACCAGCAAGGAUGGAGAUGGUCAGCAACCACACCAGCAGCCUCAGCCAAUGGUGAUGCCGAUGCCAAUGCCUGGCUCAGGUCCCCCACAAAACAUCAACACUGUUCUGUCACAGCAGGCCCCACCUCCUGGUCUUCCGCCUGGUCCUGGAUCACAGCCACCCCCUCUUGGGCCUGGUGGAAACUUCUCUCAACCGCCUCCUUUACCACCCUUCCAUGGCCCACCCCCAGGAUUCGGACGUCCACCACCACCACAGCAGUUUGAAUACGGUCAUGGACUUAACCGGGGUCCAGCUGUCAUGCCCCCUGAUUUCCGAGGACCUCCACCGGGAAUGCCUCCAGGAGUACCGCCGCUACCUCUACCAGAUUUCAGCAGGCCGCCUCCAGGGUUUCCUCCUGGUCCACUUGGACCCCCUGGUCCCCCCGGACCUCCCGGACCCCCCGGACCUCCAGGUCCAUCUGGUCCAUUGCCUCCAGGUUCUUUCCCUUGCUUGCCCACCGACAUUGAUCUGACGCCGUCGGUCCCGUACUAUGACUUACCUGCUGGCCUCAUGGCUCCACUUGUUAAGCUGGAAGAUACGGACUACCAACCACUUGAUCCUAAUGACAUCCGCCUGCCACCGCCCAUGCCACCAAGUGAAAGACUGCUAGCAGCAGUGGAAGCGUUCUAUGGUCCACCAUCUCACGACAGACCAAGGGACAGGCAUGAUGGGUGGGAAAAACUUGGCCUGUAUGAAUUCUUCAAAGCCAAACAAGGUGCAAAACGACUGAAGGAAAAACAGGAUGAGGAACAGCAGUUUUCGAACCCGUCACGGUUACCACCAACACCGAAGUCAGUAACACAGUCUCCUCUGAGAAGUCGGUCGCAGUCGAAGUCUAAGUCACCACCACUGAGACGGAGGAGAUAUGCCAGUGGAGAUAGAAAAAGUCGCUCAAAAUCCAGAUCGCGAUCACGUUCGCGUUCAAGAACACGAUCAAAAUCGGAUUCACCACUUCCAUAUCUUCGCACCAGUAGAUCGCCAUCACCUGUUAAAGUGCCCAUGUCGGCCAGAGAGAAAUCAAGGAGCCCAACACCUCCGUCCUUUAUGUCCAGUGCAAUACCUCCACCUUCUCAGGAUGACUCGAGGCUUGGUGAAGAUAACAAGGGGCAUAUGCUGCUGAAAAAAAUGGGUUGGGGUGGAAAAGGACUUGGAGUCAAGGAACAGGGCAUUGAAAACCCAAUCAAGGCUAGUGAAGUUCGAGACAGACAGGAUGCUUUCAAAGGUAUCGGCAUCAACCUGAAGGACCCAUUUGAACAGUUCCGCAAGAGCAAGAGCCAAGGCUUUAUUCAAAGAAUGAAAGCAAGAGACGAAUCACGGGACCCUAAAAAACCUAAAUCUGAUGAUUGAAGAAAGUUAUGUGAGAAAAACUACAUUUGAAUGAGAGAAUAUAGUAGAACAUGAAACCAUUUGUGUUUCGGUUUCAUUUUAACUCUUGAUCUGGAAGUAAAGACAUUGGUUUUAAUGUGUAAAGUCAAUCAUCUUGUACUCAGUCUGAAUGGAUAUUUUGCAUCAACAUUUAAUUAUCCUUCAUUUUAGAAAGCACCAUUUCAUCCAGUCAUGAAUGUAAAAUUUGAUGGAUCAUGAUAGACACACUCAAACUGUAGACAAUUUACAUGAGCAGUAUUCUACCAUUAGGUAAUAUUUAUUACCUAUUUAGACUGGGACUUAUCCCAGGGAAGGAAAGAUCCAUUGAAGAAGUUGUUUGAAAGCUUUGAGAGACGGCUACAAGGAUGUACAAAGUAAACAGAUGAUAGUGGAAGUUAAUUAUUAACAUAUGGUGAAUAAAACAUGUUUUCCAUAAA